AUGGAAAAGGCUGAACUAGACUAUUUGUUGAAAAAGUUGACUUAUCCUGCCCUUAAUUUCUCUGAUUUGGUUAACACCAUCGCCCAUGAGCUAGCCCAUUGUCUAUUAGGAGAUUUUGACUUAAAAUGGGCUAAACUACAUGAUGAAGACCAUGAAAAACUAACCCAAGAGAUUGAGGAAUAUUUAUGA